CGGUCCCCAGAAUCGCCAUAAGAACUGACUGGUUUCGUCCAAACAUAUACUCAAGUAUCGAACUUACUGAGAAAAUUCCGCGUCAUAGCAGUCUACCCUACAUCACCAAGACAAAACCCGGACUUCGUUCAUUACAUAAUUGCGUACACCUAAUGGCGGAUUCUGAUGAUGAAUAUAUUGGAGGUCUCUCAGGAGAUGAGGGGGACGAUGAUAUCAUUCGAGAAACGCGAGGCGCCGUCGGCCAGGCUCCGAAGCGGAGGAAACAGAAGGGCGGAGCGGAAUUCGAGCUUGCGCGAACGUGGGAAACCCUGGUUGAAGGAGCAGAUGGCACGAUCAGCUCAACAGUGGGAGGGUUAUUGGAAGCCAGUAAGAGAAAGAGGCUUCUAAAGGACACAACACCACUGCAGCGCGGAAUUAUACGCCAUAUAAUAUUGAUCCUGGAUCUAUCACAGUCGAUGAUGGAGAAAGACCUACGACCAACGCGGUAUCUUCUGACACUACGAUAUGCCCAAGAGUUUGUAAGGGAAUUCUUCGAACAGAAUCCUAUCUCUCAGGUUGGUGUUAUCGGGCUGAGAGAUGGCCUUGCGCUACGGAUCAGUGAUAUGAGCGGAAAUCCGACCGAACAUAUCAGCGCGAUACAGGAUUUAAGGAGUCAGGAUCCGAAGGGCCUUCCUAGUCUGCAAAAUGGGCUUGAAAUGGCCAGAGGUGCACUCUUCCAUACCCCCAGCCAUGGAACGCGAGAAAUAUUCAUUGUCUUCGGCUCACUGCUUUCCUCCGACCCUGGUGACAUUCAUCAGACUAUCACCACACUUAUCGAUGAUAAAAUUCGUGUUGGAAUCGUGGGCCUUGCUGCCCAGGUAGCAAUCUGCCGUGAGUUGUGCUCUAGGACAAAUGGUGGCGAUGAUACCUACUACGGCGUUGCCCUUAACGAGCAGCAUUUUCGAGAGUUAAUGUUGGCUGUAACAACUCCUCCUGCCACAUAUUCUCAGAAACAAUCCGCAAGCUCACUUCUUAUGAUGGGCUUCCCAUCCCGUACCAUCGAGUCUUUUCCUUCUCUCUGCGCAUGUCAUUCUAAUCCCACGCCGGGGGGGUAUUUAUGCUCGCGGUGCAACAGCAAAGUCUGCGGCCUUCCUGCUGAGUGUCCAUCCUGCGGUCUUACUUUGAUUUUAUCAACCCACCUUGCUCGGUCUUAUCAUCAUUUAUUCCCUCUAAUGAAUUGGGUUGAAGUUUCUUGGGAACGUGCGCACCGCAGCACGACAUGUUUCGCAUGCGGUAUUGCCUUUCCUACAAUCCCCCCGAAAGAGCAAUGGCAGGCCACUCAGAACCUCGCCAAGGGAAUGAGUGUAAGCAGUCGUUACGAAUGCACAGUGUGCGAAAAUCAUUUUUGUAUUGAUUGUGAUCUCUUUGCUCAUGAGGUGGUACAUAAUUGCCCUGGUUGUCAGAGCAGGGUUGUCCGCCAUCCCCAGGACGAUAUACCUAGAGUUCAAGAAAGUGUAGAUCAAAUGGAUACCUCAAGAUGAAAGUGUGCUA